AACGUGUGCAUAUAUCUCCGGUCAGAGUGAAACUUUAAGAUGGCAGAGCUGCAAGCAAGGCAGCAAACUGACACCAGUGACCACCAAUAUGAAUGUCUGGAAUGUGGAAAGGUAUUCAAGUGGUCCUCACGUUUGACACAUCAUCAAAGGACACACACAGGAGAGCGUCCCUACAAGUGCUCAGAGUGUCCCAAGGCAUUUAAAGGCUCUUCUGCUCUUCUUUAUCAUCAGCGCAGCCAUACUGGGGAGCGACCCUACAAAUGUAAUGACUGCGGAAAGGCCUUCAAGAGAUCCUCUCUGUUGCAGAUCCACCAGAGUGUGCAUACUGGGUUGCGUUCCUUUAAAUGCAACAUUUGUGGUCUGUCCUUUAAGUGGUCUUCACAUUAUCAGUACCAUGUUCGGCAGCACACUGGUGAGCGGCCCUAUGUAUGCAACAUGUGUGAUAAAGCCUUUAAGAACUCUUCAAGUUUACGGCGCCACAGAAAUAUACACACUGGUGAGCGACCAUAUGUGUGCACAGUGUGUGGUAAGGCAUUCACACAGUCAACUAACUUAAGGCAGCAUCAGAGAAUCCAUACUGGUGAGCGGCCCUACAAGUGUGAAGAGUGUGGUAAAUCUUUUACACAUUCCUCCAACUUAUUACUGCAUCAGCGUACCCACCUUGGAACCCAGCAGAGUCAUAAGUGUGAGCUCUGUGGCAAAGUGUUCAUCUCAGAUUCCUAUCUUCAGAAACACCUUCAGUCUCAUACCAUCGAACAGGCAUACGUGCAAGCAGAAACUGAGAUUGCCUGUGCACCAACAGAAGUAUACUUGACAACAACAGAUGCGGUAGAAACUGUGGAGAUGGUGUACAAGUGUGGAGACUGUGAUCAGACUUUUAAGAAUGAAGAACUUUUAGAGGUCCAUCAACAGACUCAUUUACUACAGUCAGAACCUUAUAUUUGUUCUACCUGUGGUAAGUCUUUCAAGCACCCAUCUGGGUUAUCAAGGCAUCAGAACUGUCAUCCAAGUGAGCGUCCAUUUAAGUGCUCCAUCUGUGAAAAGACCUUUGUUCAACUCUCUAGCUUGCUUGUCCACCAACGAACACACACAGAAGAACAGCAGCUUAUCCAGACAGAAGCUGAAGUUACAUGCCCACAGACCGCGGAAGUGGAUGGAAUUAACAGACCAUUUAAAUGCACAGAGUGUGGUAAAGCAUUCAAGGGUUCCUCUGGACUUCGAUACCACAUGAGAGAUCACACAGGAGAAAGACCCUACAAGUGUUCAGAAUGUGGUAAAGCAUUCAAAAGAUCAUCUCUUUUAUCCAUCCACCAGAGGGUCCACACAGGAGUAAGGGCCUUUAAAUGUGCAGAAUGUGGCAUGACAUUCAAAUGGUCUUCACAUUACCAGUACCAUCUGCGCCUUCACACAGGGGAACGACCAUACUCUUGCACAGAGUGUGGCAAGUCUUUCAAGAACACUUCCUGUUUGCGUAGACACAAACAGCUGCAUACAGGAGAGAGGCCUUAUGCCUGCUUAAUAUGUGGCAAAACCUUUACUCAGACAUCUAAUCUACGUCAGCAUGAGCGCACUCACACAGGGGAACGUCCGUACAAGUGUGAGGUAUGUGAAAAGACUUUCACUCACUCUUCCAACCUGCAGCUUCAUCAGCGUACUCAUUCUAGUGAACGUGCUUUCAAAUGUACUGUUUGCGGCAAGGGGUUUGUAAUGGCAUCAUAUCUACAGCGGCACUUACGCACACAUAUGACAGAGACAAGUGAAGAAAUGCCUCAGGUAGGGCAGGGUUUGCAGAAUCUUCAGUUGGUACAAGGUGGUUCUAACAUGUCACUGACUUUGAAUGUAGAACUGGCAAAUCCACAGCCAACACCAAACUCCCAGAACUUCCUGUUAGUGCAGACUCCCCAGGGCUUGCAACUUAUACCAAAUGUGCAGCAGAGUGCACCCAAGCUUAUUAUUUUACCCACUGGGCAACCACAAUUUGUUCCUAACCAACCCAAACCUCCCAUUAUCCAAAGUGUGCCAAACUUGUUACUUGUACAGAAUAACCCCAGUCCUGUUCAGUCAGUACAAGUAACCCAGCCUCCUAAGACUUCUGGCAAAAGGAGCAGAGCUAAGAAACCAGCUGUGAAGAACAUCCAAACUGGACAGAACUUGAUCCUUGUCCAGAGUCCUUCAACGUCUGUACCAAAUGUCCAGGUAACUCCCACACUGCAAAUUCCAGCUGUACAAAGCAUGCCAAAGAAUCAGAGUUUACAGACUGUAGCAAGUGGACGGAAUGUGAUACUAUUGCAGAAUAUGCCGGAACAGACUAUUCAAACUAGUACAAAUCUUCAGCUCCAAGCCCUGCCAAACACGCCAGUAUCACAGACUGGACAGGAAAGCCAGAAUGUGAUCGUAGUGCAGAACCCUGAAGGGGGAGAGCUGUUAGGUGCAGGGGAGGGGCCAGAAAGCCUUCAGGCCAUGGAAGAAGUUCAAGAUAUAAAUAUAGAAACUGUGCAGACAGAUGAUGGCAUGCAAAAUGUUAUCGUGUUACAGAAUGCUGAUGGAGACCAAACACGUCUGUUUAUGCAGGAUGUAGAGAACAUACACAUUCAGUCGUCUGCCCCAGAAGUUCCUAGUACACAGUCUGGUCAAAAGGUGCUAAUUUUUCAGAAUGCCCAGGGUGAGCAAACAUUGCAGGUUGUGGAGAACAUGACUGGCCUGAAGACUACAUCAACUCCACAGAACCUUAACACUAUGCAGAUCCUUCAAAAUCCAGUGUCAGGUGGACAGAAUUUACAGCUGCAUGUGACACCAAGUCCAAGUGGAGUACAAACACUCCAUACCCUUCCUGCAGCAAACAGCAGCCAAGGCCUUCAAACAGUGCAGUUUGUUCAAAGUCCAACUCAGGUGUUGUCCAGUACCCAGGCCCUGCCAACUAUUCAGAUUGUUCAAAAUGUACCUAAUGUGCAGCUGGUUCACACGUUCUGAGCUGGUAGCCAGUGGUAACACUCCACUCCUCUCCUGUGGUGGAGGGUAGCUGAGCGGCAGCAUAGCACUAGGUUGGUUUCAUAUGUAAGACUAUCUGAACAUACAAUCUGGCAUGCUUCUUGUAUUCCAGGCCAUCAACAUGGGAAAGGGAUAUAAAAAGUGAGGCCAUAUAUUUUGUGUUAAAGUAAUCCACGUUUAUUUUGGUAUUACUUUAGUGUUAUUUUAAAAAACAAAAUAAUAACUUGAGAGUAUGUUUAAAACACUCAAACUUGUCUUACAGGACUGUAGUUGUGUUUCGGACUCCAAAACAGGAGAUAAGUCUUCAAAAUUAUUUUAAGGGUGAUCCGUGUUCUUAAUUUCUGUACAAAAGUUUGUUCUCCAGAAAUUGAAAUUAACUGCAGCUGAGUACUGUUAAUAAUCUGUUCAUAAUGGCCAAGUGACAGACAUUUAAAAUGUGAUGGUUCUGGCAGAAUUAUUCGUCCUAAUCUGAAAAAAAAAAAAAAAAACUUAUUUCCCUUUCCACAGUUAAAGCAGAUAUUCUGUAGUUCAGUGUAAUUUGUGUUUAAUUGUAUGUUGGACAUUUGUUGCUGAAAGUUAAUCUUGUAUUCACAAUGAAAAUUCAGCUGUC